CUUAGUGCGCACUAAGUUGAACCAGACUCUUUCACAAACGCCCCCUCACUGCUAUUUCUAUAGCUUUUCAUUUGUUUUUGCAAUCUUGCAUAUCAUGGCAUUCAGGUCUUCGAGUUUGUUUAAAUCUAUGGCUACUCGUAUUAGCGGAAAUCCUACAUUUGCAACAUCUAAAUUUACCAAACUGAGGUCAUAUGCCACUACUGCUGAGCAUCCAGACGCUAAGCCAAGGUGAAUAUUUGGGACUGAAAGGAGAGUUCUUUCCUGUGUAUGUGGCGCUGGGACUAAUAGCAAUGUCUGUGGGUUUUGGGGUACACACAGCCACGCAUCAGCUGAAGCGUUCGCCUAAUGUAUCUGUGAAGAAAUCAAGGAGGGAAACUGUACCAGAGGUAGCAGAACCGGACAAUGUGCUGAAUGAUUCCGACAGAUUCAUAAAAAAAUCUUUUUUCAGAAAGGUGGCUCAUGUUCAGGAUUUUGAUAAUCAAUCUGUCAUGCCAGAUCCUAUGCGCGGGGAUGUUCUACCUAGGGAACCUCACUCUGAGACGCUGAGAUCUGUGGGAGUGAAUCCGAAGCCAAAAUUGCACUGAGCUAUUUAUGCAUUUUGGAUUCAAGUAGAUGUUGCAUCCGCCAGCCUGUGAUGCGAGAUUUUCAUAUCGAGACUCGAGAGUCGAAGAUGGGGGCGACGUUUUUCCUCUCUUUUUGAAGAGAGAGUUGCAUAAAUAAAACUUUUGAGGGAAAAACAAAUAUAUUCUACCUUUCAGGAAUGUUGUACAUAUUUGCUUUAAAUAAAAAUGGAUCUUUCUUUUUUAAACCAUAGCAUGAAUGUUGCCUCUGCAGUGUCACAGUGUGCCUAACUCUUAUUUCCUGCCUGUGUCAUCCCUGGGUGGGAGGUCAAUCAAAUACAUUUGUAGAAUAAGGAAUCAAUUCCCGCUAGUCUCCGUGUUGUUUGAUAAUUGACACUCUUAUAAGCUAAAGCAUUGAAAUUUAAUGGGAUACUUAUCUGAUUUAAUUGUACUUCUCGCGGCUUUGUACGAAGUUCAGCGACUCAAACCAGACUUGAAAAUUCAACUCCAUGCUAAUACGGUUCUUGGUUGCUUUGAGAUUAGAUCUUAAAGGAAGAAGCGUGCAGAGAAGAACAUUUUAGAAAGGCAUAAUAGCUUGAAUGUACUUGUGCCGCUUUGUCAUGCCGAUAAAUUUAUCAUUUUGUCAAUUGAUACAUUCGUUCAAAAUUAAUUUUUUAAAUUUUUCUUA